UUAAGUAACUAUAAUGUUCAAAGUAGAAUGGUGCAUAGUUUUGUUCUUAUUAAUAUUAGUAGCAAUUGGUAACGGAAGUGAACCUACAUGUUUGGGACUAAACAAAUGGCUGAAAUAUUCUGCCGAACAACCUCAGGCACCGUAUUGUCCAUUCUCAAUUAAAAAUAAAAAUAAUGCCAUAUAUUUGCUGUAUGAUGUUAAUCCUCCAGAAGGGUUCAACUUAAGACGAGAUGUUUAUAUACGUUUAGCUGUCUUCAUGCGUCAAUUGCAAGCAACAAAAGGUUACGAAAAUGUCCGUAUGGUUUUACCACCUUGGCGGAGAGUGUACCACUGGAAGUCCCAUCACAUAGAACAAGAUAGUUUACCAUGGCAGCAUUUCUUUAACAUAGAAAGUUUAAAACGUUAUGCACCCGUUAUAGAUUUUCCCGAAUUUCUUGCAGAGUAUAGAGAUUUCGGUGUAGGUAACAAUUUCCACUUACCUGUGCACAAAGUGUUACAGCUGAGACAUUUUAAAGAUAUGUUUGAAAACGGAGUGUUUAAAGAUAAAUGGGAACUAAGUCAAGACUGUCCUGAAAAUCCUCACCUCUUGCAGGGAUCGUUUUUGAAAGAAUCUCCUCUUUGGCUAAAGGACCCGAAAGUACAAUGUGUUAAUUAUCAAGGUAGUGCAAGUCUUCUGAAACAAGUUAUAAAUCGAAUUACGAAAAGUUUGGAAAAUGAUCAACUACCCAAAAUUAUAGCCAUCUUGAAUGCAGAAAUAGUUUUACAUGAACACUGGGCCGAUCGAGAAUUUUGGAAAGCUCGUCGAUCCAUGCGUUUUGCCGAUAAUCUUAUGAAGGUUGCUGCAGAUUUUCGUAUGUCUAAUUUCGAUAGCAAUGAUAAUAUGGAUAAUGUCCAAAGACCUCCAAUGUGGGAAUAUGAAAGUCCAAAACAUAAAGGUAAUGCUUUGGGAGGAUCAUACUUGUGUGUUCAUUUACGGCGUGGUGAUUUCCUGUAUGGUCGCGAAAAAACCACACCUACUCUAAAAUCAUCUGCCCUACAAAUCAAAUACCAUUUACAAAAUCACAAUCUUACUACAGUGUUUUUAGCAACUGAUGCUACUGCUUUUGAAAUAAAAAAUCUUAAAUCGUACAUUCCCCGCUACCGUAUAGUACGUUUCUCCACGGAGAAUCUAUACCAGAAAUCUCUAAUUAAAGACGGAGGUAUUGCCAUCAUAGAUCAAUUAAUAUGUUCACAUGCUCGUUUUUUUAUCGGUACAUACGAGAGUACAUUCACCUAUCGCAUUUACGAAGAGAGAGAAAUAUUAGGAUUUCCCAGGGAUCGUACAUUUAAUACGUUGUGUAAGAAAUCUACUAUGGAAAACUGUUUGCAAAAUUCUGUAUGGCCGAUUGUAUAUUAAUUUAAGAGCAUAAUAAAGAUUCUCAUUUAAAAAAUAUUGUGAUAAAAAUGUUAAUUACAAUAAUACUCAUUCGUAUGUAUGCCGUUGUUGUAAUUUAAAAUUGAAUACUUGUAAUCUAAAUACACAAUCUAAGCCUACAUAAAAAAAUACUUUAUUAUAAAAUAUAAGUUUUAUAAAAAUAAAUGAACAAUUUAUUAUUUAUAUCGCACUCGUUCAACAAUAGUGUAUUAACUCAAAAUUUUUAAAAAUUUACUUUUUGCAAGAUAUCAACUAACAACAUCAAUAUCUAUCUACUGUAAAAAUUUCAACGUAUUCCGAUUACUCUUUCAUCUCGAAAACUACAUUUGAGACCAUUUUCGUGAUAAAUAGUAACUACCUUGUAUCAACAAAAAGGUAUUAUUUUGAGUUAAUACAAAAAUUUAAAUAGAAAUACAUCGUAUAUUUUCAUAAAAAAUGUAUUAUUUUGAAUUGAGACUUUAUUCAAGUUAAAAAUAAUCAAAUUGUUUUAUUUAAAUUUGGUUGUAUUUUGAGUUGAUACUGUUUUGUUGAUAAAAUAAUACAAAAAAAUAUCGAGAAGUUUCAGAAAAAUGGUAUUAACUCAAAAAAUAGAUUUAUUUUGCAAUAAUUGGAAAAAAUUAAUAGAAAAACAAUGUAAAUAUAUUUUCAAAUGGAAUUUGCUUAAUAUGACGUAUUCGGAUUUUCAAAUUCUCUUAAAAUGUAACCACAAACAGUUUUUGCCCUCCACUAUUGAACGAGUGCGAUAUGUAUUUACAAAUGUUCAUUAAAUUGAAACCGUGAAAAACACAAAAGAACAAAGAAAACAAAAUCGUCGAAAUGAACAAUCGUUCUAAUAAAUAAAAUAAUAAAUUGCACGAAAUGCUUAAUAAACAUAAAUUAAUCGUAUUGUCAGAAAUAAAAGCAAUAA